CAUAAUACACUUUAGACCAGUUCCAUACGUCGCAGCCGUCUCAUCCUCGAAAGAGAGAAAAAGUCCCCACGCAGCCUCUACUUGGUCGCUACAGCCGACAUCCAUCAUGCCAGCUCGUUGACCAAGGCAAAUAAAGAUUGAACUUAAAACCGCAACGAGCCGCCGCAAGAGAUAGCAAUAGCAACAUCAAAAUCGUCGUCAUUGUCAUUGAUUGCAUCGCUUCCGUCAUUUGUGAUGACCCAAUAGAGGCCGACCAUUCGCUCCACACGCUCUUUAGCCGGAUCCUGCCAUUCCGUGUUCUGCCAACUCUAUUUUGAGCACCAUGACCACCGAGGAUCCAUUUUUCGUCGUCAAAGAUGAGGUAUUACGGGCACUUAUAAAAACUCGGCAGCUUUACGAGCAUUGGUGUUCAGUGGAUGAGGGGCGAGAGAUUCAGUCUAUUGAAGAGCAAGAAUGGAGCGCUACCGAGUUGAGGAACGCCCUCAGAUCCAUCGAAUGGGAUCUGGAGGAUCUUGAUGACACCGUACAGAUCGUGGAGAAGAACCCGUCCAAGUUCCGAAUGGACGCCACCGAAUUAAUGGUCAGAAAGAGCUUCAUUGCGCAAACGCGGGAUGAGGUGUUGCGCAUGAAAAAACGAACCACAGAACCCAAACCUACGAUCAAUGAGUGCGCCAUGGAGCAAGUUUCCCUCUCAAGCCCGGGCCAAACUUCGGGCCAAAUAUUCAACAAUGGAGGUGGGACGGGUUCCACAAAAUACAGUCGUCUUCCCAAUGAUAUCGAGUCACCGAGCAAGGACUCCGGCUCAAACGGAUUCGCCCAAGGGGGACUACUCCAGCAACAAAAGCGUGUACUACAUGAUCAAGAUGAACAACUCCACGUGAUGUCAGAAUCCAUGUCAAACAUUCGUCAUAUGUCCCAUCAUAUUGGGUCCGAGUUAGACGAACAAGCCGUGAUGUUAGAUGAGUUCGGAACCGAGAUUGAAAAUGCGGAAACCAAGUUGGAUGCCACCAUGCGAAAAAUGGCCAAAGUUUUGCACAUGUCCAAUGACCGUCGACAAUGGAUGGCGAUUGGCUUCCUCGCAGUCACCGUAUUUGUCCUGCUCCUCCUCAUAUUUGCAUUCUAAGACACUCCUCCUUUGCCGCAAAUCACUUCAGACAUAUUCAUUCUUCACACGCACGCUAUGCUCAGGAUUUUCAAGUCGAAGCAGCCUCUUCCUUUUGAAUUGUGAAUCCCAGAUCACUCCCGAGCAAUGAACAUGAGCGCCCCUCUGGCUACCGACCAAUGUUCGAGCAUUUCGCGCUGGGCAUCCCUGGGCAUCCCUGGGCAAGACUUUAAUUACGUAUGGUUGAAGUAAGGCCCCAUGCCGAUCAAAACUUUUAAGCUCUGCUUUUGGCUUGAGGAAAGCUGUGAUUCGAAUGAAGCUUCUUAUACUUCGGACUGCAUUGGAACAUAAAUUGCAUCAAUGUUUGGAGUGUAGCCGCACCCUUAAUCGUAUCCAUUUGAUCUCCCAUCUUUCACAACUACCUUCCAAAGAAUAUGCAAAUCGUCUAUUCCAUUUUUUUUUGCUUAAUAUGUUGACGGCCAAUGGAGCACUUGCAAUUGAAACCUAAUUGUCAAUACAAUUGGACACACCAA